AUGAACUUCCAUCUGGACACCUUUGACUUGGUGGUGGAUUCCCCGCGGCUGCCGCAGCUGGCCGGCAAGCAGCUUCAUCUGAAGGCGACGUUAGACGGCGUUGUCCUGGACGCGCCAAACUGCUCCUGCACAUACACUGACAUGUCCGAGCCGCCACCGACUCUCGUUGCAACUCCACGCGUUGCCCCGGUCUCACCCUUCCGAGAUGCACCGCCGCUGCCCUUCAACACAGCCGCUCCCGCGGCAGGUCUGUCUCGCAGCAUGUCGGCCGGGCAAGCGCUGGGCCUUCCUGCCAGCAAAGCCGGGAGCGGUGGCGGGGCUGUGGCCACCGCAGGUCCCCUCGAGUCCCCCUGCUCCCUGGAGACCCCCCCAGAAACCCCAGAGGGGGGACUCAGCAGCAGCGGUAUGGAUGCUUCGGAGUCAGCACCGGAGUCGCCGGGGAAGGGGGAUGUGCAAAGGCCCAUGACUCACGCCAUCAGCGAAGGGAAUUUGGUGUCACUGGACAGGUCAGCAGCCUAA